CGCAGGAAAAUUAAGCACCUUGUAACGGAGCCAGAGGGCAGUGCCAAAGAGGCGACGCCAGGAGGAGGACAUCAUCAGGCUGGCCCUGGACGACGAGAUGAAGGUGGAGCUCCUGGAGCUGCAGGAGGUGCUGUUGCGGCUUGGGUUGUCGGCAACAAAGGGCACAGCAAAUUCCUGGCCGCUGCCCAGAACCCAGCUGAUGAGCCCGGUCCAGGAGCCCCAUCCCCCCAGGAGCUUAGGGCUGCUGGCCAGCAUGUUGAUCUUUGUGAGGUGAGCCUCACCGACAGCGCCGAGACUGGGCAAGGAGAGGCCAGGAAGGGGUCUCCCCAUGACAACCCUACUGCGCAGCCCAUCGUGCAGGACCACCAGGAGCACCCAGGCUUGGGCAGCCACCGCUCUGGGCCAUUCUUUUGCUGGGCUUGGCUGCGGAGAAGGAGGAGAUAAACAUCACCAUCAUCAAAGAGCUGGUCAACACACUUUUUAAAAAGAAACAAAGUUAUAGGGUUAAUCUGCUACACACUUCAUUUACUUCAUUGGAAUGUUAGAGCUGUUCAUGUUUGUUUGUGUUUCUAGUUUAUACUUUAAGUUUAUUUGUAAAAAGUUAAAAGAGAGUGGGUCUCUGUGGCCUUCACUGAGGUUCACUCUGGCAUCCUUUAGCAUUUUUCGUUUUUCAUUUCAUAGCUGUAGGUCAUUAGCAUGCAUAUGGAGUUUGCCCUUACGUGGUGGGAGGUCAAACACCCAAAGACCCACUGUUUGCACAAAACUGUUCUCGCUGCUUUGGAAUAGGCUGCCAUGCUUUUUUAAUGUUAUUGCAGCGUGUAUGUUCAUUAUAGAAUUCAGAUAAAAUUUGCUUAUAUUCUGCUAUUGUCUUUGAUCCAAUCUUAAUCACAGUGAGCUCUUCAUUAGCUCAAUAUGCAGUUUGCCCUCAAGUGUGCACUGUUGAUUACUUUGUAAUUCAUGCCACCGUGAGUACUGAUAUUUAGAGUUGUUUAAAGGCCGAGAACUGGAAACAGCCUUUCCCCCAUUUUCUGUGUACUGGUGAUGGGAGUAAUAACAUUUUGGGGGAGCUUUUUAAAUCUCACAGAAGAGGACAGUGGCCUGCUCCGGCAGGUAUGUGCGGGACAGAAUGUGUUUCAUUGGUUCCGGUGCCAAGAAUGAGCGCUGUACUAUGGUAGUUCCCUUAGGAUUUGUGUGCACUCUGAGCUCAUGAAGAUACUGCAUCACGAGCUGCAGCAGUUGUACUCUUUUUCCGUGACCUAAAAAGGGAUUAUUUCUGAGGAAUGAAAGGCUCCCAUCAUUGACUGUGGAUGUGGAAAACCUUUCCUAGCUUAGAGCAUUUGUAUUUAUAAUACAUUUUAAAGUCAGAGUUCA